AUGCCGCAAGAACUCGCCGAGUCCAUCGACUCUUGGAGACAGUCGGUGCCUAGCCGCUUGGAGCGCGAGGAUCCUUUCCUCAACGAUGGCUUCGAAGAGCGGCCCAGCACUCGCAUCACCUUUCGCGAACCCGUGAGGCCUGUCCGUCGCCCCUCGAACCGCGUCGCCCUGAUGCGCUCAGCCAUCCCCCUCUUUCGCCGCCGCGACGGCCCCAACGCCCUGGGGGAGUCCCUCAUGGAACGUCCCGAGACGGCGCUGGGAGUGCGCGACGACGACGAGCCCGAGGCAGCGCAGGCCAGGAACCCUAUCCGCGGCUUCUUUGCUCUCUUUGGUCGCAAUCGCAAGCGCAAGCGCCGCAGCCCGUCGGUGUCGCCCGCUCCCACCGUCGCUCUCGAAGCGCCUCUGACUCUUCACUUUUUGUUUGUCGGGCCCCAGGGCUCUGGCCAGACUUCGCUUCUUUUCCGUGCUCGUUUUGGAUGCUUUCCCGAUUCGAGUGCCAUCACCCGUACCUGCUAUGAGACGUACACCAACAUCCGCAUGUACGACUCUCAGCCCGACACUUCCGGCGCGCCAGACAUGACCACCAUCGAGAGUCUCUCGUACGUGCAGUGGGACUGCAUCUUCCUGUGCUUUGACAUUAAGGAAAAGGCGUCUCUGCGGACGGUUGUGGCAUGGUGGGCUGGUGCUGUGAACCGUGGCUUUCUCAAUCAGCAGGAGAACGAGGUGCUCGUCCACCUGCUCGGCAUGAAGAAGGACGUCCGCGAGCAGUGCACCGACGACACCCAUCGCGUCCGCGGCCUUUUUGACCCUCCGAACGCGGUCCCGCUUCCCAAUUGCUGUGUGCUGCCAUACGAGGCCGCCUCCUAUGCUAAUCAGCUUGGCUGCCACCGCUAUCUCGAGUGCUCUGCGGCGACUGGCGAAGGCAUGGACCUCGUGUUUGAACAAGCCGGCCAGGAAGCGACCCGACGAGCCAUCGAAGCCGCGCGCAGACAGCGACUGGAGCCUGCCUGUCGACGCCUCUUCUACAGACAGAGGCCCAUCCAGCCUCCGACUAUGUGA